CUAGGGUUGAAAUGUCUUGACAAGGCAAUCACUGUGUUCACUUUGUGACCAGGCAGAGAGCUGUCCAAGACGACAGUCAGAUGUCAGAGCGCCGGGAAACCGAGAAAGAAAACAGGUGGCCAGAGCAGAGCCCGGUGCGGUGGGGUUUUCCUCAUCCUUCGGGCAACCCCAUGCGAGUCUUGGCCAUAACCAUCCUGUUCUUCAUGCUGCUUGACCCAGUGUUCCUCCAGACUCUGGAGCAGCAGGAUAUUUCAACUGCAGAAAGGGUCCCCCGUCUAAAUAUGAAGUUUGAUUCUUGGAGAAUGAAACUGAGUUGGGACUGCGAAGAAAACACUACCUACCUCGAAUGUGUGAUGUUUCACAAGGAGAAUGGACCAAUCAACAUAAUACCCCAGGAGAAAGAAUGUCACUGCGAGUUUUCGGAUUAUUCUCUCCAUGAUGGAGUCACGCUUAUGGUUAAAGUAAAUAGCACCCAAAGACCGAUUCCAGAAACACUGGUCUACGCUAACUCAGGUGGGAAUGACACAGCUGCCCAGAAUUUCUCCUGCUUUAUCUACAAUGCAAACUUCAUGAACUGCAGUUGGGCAAAGGGUCAGGCUGCCCCUGAUGAUGUCCAAUAUUUUUUGUAUAUAAGAGACUCGAGGAAAAGAAGGGAAAGAGAGUGUCCUCAUUACAUAGAAGACUCGGGAACCCAUGUGGGAUGUCACCUGGAAGACCUCUCGGGAUUAACUAGCUACAAUUACUUCCUGGUGAACGGUACCAGCCAAAGGACGGGGAUCCAGUUCUUUGAUUCGGUUCUGUCAUGGAAGAAAAUCGAAAUAUAUAGCCCACCUAACAACAUCAGCGUGCUCUGCAACAAGUCCCACUGCCUGAUCUGUUGGGAAAAGCCCAAGACCCGAUACAGGCUGUCCAACAUGGAGUUCAAAUACCAGCUGGACAUCCAGAGAAAGAGCAAUAAGGAAAACAGCGAGAAUCAACUGAUUGAGGUGCCUGGUAAUUUGGAGAAUAGCUACAACUUUCCAAGUCCGGAGCCUAGACCCAAGCAUACUGUGAAAAUAAGGACCUCGGACGCACGGAUCCAGAAGUGGGGUGCCUGGAGCCAGCCCAUUGAGUUUGAGACUCCCAGACGGAGGAAUUUCCAUCCACGGGUCUCCACGGGGCUCUGUUCCUUCAAAGAAUGGACAACCCACUCAGCCUCCCAAAGGGGCUGCUUCAGCUAGAAAAGAUGAAUCACUCCUGGUCCCCAUCAACCCUGUUCACGUCAUGCUCCCAGCCAGGGGAACACAGACAUCCACGUUGGGCGUGUUUUCUCCUCAUCAAGAGGGAGUUAUGCAUUCCAGGGAACUCGAUUACCAACGCCUUCCGCCAUUUUCCUCCCUGGAACCUUGAAGGGUUGGCAAGAAUUUAAUGGUUUGGACCCAAAGCCAAUAGAGUCCUCAAGAAAUCUGCAUUUCCACACUACCUCUCCCUCCCAAAUAUUUUCAAAGUGUUUCAGUAAGCAUUUGAUGCACGCAAUUUUGUGGGUUGGUUAUUUUUUUAUCCUGA